AUGGCGGAAGUUCCUUCAGAUCUGAUGAAUUAUUCAUAUGAUUCUUCCGCUCCAUUGCCUACAGGGAAAGAAUCGAGAGAUCACGUAAUAAGCAAAGGGCCAUGCCAGCCAAAGAAUAUUUUUUUUCUGGAAGACAAGCGAAAACGAAAAUUUUCGGCAUCUUGGUACGAUAAAUUUAAGUGGCUGGAAUAUUCAGCGGCUAAAAAUAAAGCAUUUUGUUUCUAUUGUAGAGUCUUUAAUUCCCAGGUAUUAAAACGUUUAGUAUAUUUGUGAUCGUGUAUUAUAAGUUGUUUAGCUGAAUUUGUCAAUGUAUGACAUUAGUUUCCAAACAUUCUCAUUUUUUCAAAUGGGGAAAAAUAAUCUACUCAGUUUGUCUAUAAAUGGCUGCAUGGCUAUAUAUAAUGUGUUUAGGUUGCAUUAAAAGGCGACCCAGCCUUCAUAAAGGUUCGAUUUGGAAAUUGGAAGAAAAGUGACGUUUUCUCGAAGCAUGAAAAAUCAGAUUGCCAUCGGCAUUCCAGCCAAGCAUAUCGUCAAUGGAAAUAUAAAAAACCAGUGGAUCACCAAAUUAAUGAAGAAGCGGCGAAGCAAGAAUCGUAUCGCCAGCAAUUGGUUAGACAUGCAAGAGAUGUAUAAAUAUUUGUACAAACAUGUUUACCUGAUAUUUCAAACUUAAAGGCCUGAGGUACUACCUUCUCGAUUAAGAUAUUGACAUGUUGCACAUGAAUUAUGUUUUAGGUGAGAACAAAUAGAAGUGUCAUUGGGAAAAUAUUUGAUGUCGUUCGAACUGUUGGCAAGCUGAACUUGCCUUUCAGAGGGCGUCGUGAGGAUGAGCAAUCAAUGAAUAAGGGUGUAUUUAAAGAAUUUAUUAAUUUAUGUGAAAAAUCAGAGGAAAAUUAAUGCCGGAGGAGAAGAAAAAAGAGAGUAUACCCUUAAGAAGCUAUCUGAUACCAGAUAGGCUUGUCGUGCAGACAGUAUAGUAGGAAUACACCGUACUUUAGAUGCUGUAAUUGCAACGCUAAAGGAGGUUAGGGAAAAUGAAACAAAGGCGGCCAUUGCAGCUGAGGCAAAGGGACUGCUGCAAAAUGUUGAAGACUUCGAAUUCAUUGUUGCUCUAGACGUAAGUUGAAUAAUUGAACUGUUAUUUUUUUAAAAAAAUAUGCGUAUAAUGAAAACUGUUCUUUUUAAUUUGUUUUAUUUUAUCGCAAGGUGCUAAAAAAGGUGCUGCUUCUUAGUAAAGGGGUUUCAGACAAGCUUCAGUCCGAAAGCCUCGACGUUGUUUCAGGAUGUGAGAGAGUAGCUGAUCUUCUUACUGCAAUUAAGGCUCUUCGAUGCGAUGUGAAGUUUAAAGAUUUCUGGCUUGCAACCCUGGAGAGAUGCGCAAAAUUGGGAAUCGAGGAGCCAAAAGAAAAGCGUCCUCGCAAGAUUCCUCGGAGACUGGAUGAAAACCCAGAUACAGCCGCCCAGGUUUCAGUCAAAGACAAGUUUAAAAUUUUCUUUUUCUACAAUGUGAGUUUUUAAAACGAUUCAUAAUGUGACCAAUGUCUUAGAGGUGGUAAAUUUCACAAUCUUUAUUUAAUUAGGUACUGGACCUGAUGAGCAACUCGAUUGAAACUCGUUUUAACAUGGAAAAUACAGCUGUCCUCAAAGGCCUCGGAUACCUACAUCCUGCUCGAAUAUCGCAUUCACAAGCAUGGGAAAGCAUUUCUGUAGCGGUAAAAUGGUUCCAGAAUGAUAUUGAUUUGGAGAGUGAAAUAUUUUCGUUACAGCUAUCAUCAUUGGUAACAGACGUCAUUGAAAAGGCCGUAUCUGAGAAACGGAAUCCCGAUUUUCUUGAUUUGUUCAAGGCUUUACAGGCUGAACCCCAGUGUUAUGCUUGUGUUAGCAAAUUGAUGAAAAUUGCUUUAACACUUCCAAUCACUUCAUGUAGUGCCGAAAGAGUGUUUUCGAAGUUGAAGAUAGUCAAAUCGCGACUGAGAUCUACUAUGAAUCAAAACAGGCUUGAAAACCUUAUUCACAUGUCGGUGGAAGUGGAUUUGCUGGAGAAUCUUGACUUGGACAGCCUAGUUCAGAAGUUUACUGAUUGUGCUCCCAGAAGAAUGAAUUUGGUUUAG